GAUAGGGUAAAAGAGACAAAGAAACUGAAGCUAGUAUUAGUGCGGUUUUAGGAUAGUGAGAUGAGAGAGAGAGGUCGAGAAAGGGUGCGAGGUAAUGGAAGCAGAUCACGGCAUCGACGACGACAAUGGAGCAAGAGGUCAGAAUGGAGGCACGAGCAUCUGAGGAAGGCUUAUAAAGAAGAUGCUGGGCAAGGCAAUCAUCGUGAAAGCAAGAUGUCAAGGGGAUUUGAUUGGGCAACCUACAAUCAGGCGACGGUCUUCUACUUCUCAAACUUCCCUGAAGAUUGGACUUAUGAGCAAAUGUGGAAAACAUUUCUGAAAUUUGGGAGAGUUUAUGCCAUUUAUAGCCCAAGAAGGAAGAACAGGGCAGGAAGUAGAUUCGGGUUCGUGCGGUUCUUAGAUGUCAAAGAUGUGAGGAAGCUGGAGAAUGAACUCGAUCAAAUAUGGAUUCAAGAUCGCAAACUCAGGGUGAAUUGUCCACGGUUCAAGAAGAACUCAGACACAGUUGCAGACGAGGUGAACAGGCGUAAUGUUCAAAUGCAAAGGAGAGGAAGUAUCUAUCCAGAGGCGAUGAGAGUCAAAGGACGCAGCUAUGCAGAUGCGGUGACAGGAUUGGAGUUUAAUCCCAAGCAUGAAAACUGGAAGUGGCUUGAAGGGUGCUAUGUAGGAACGGCAAGAUCGGUGGAGAUAGUUCCUGUUAUUCAGGAGCGACUGUACAUGGAGGGAUUGUUUUGGGUAAGAGUUCGAGCUAUGGGUGGGAAGUUGGUGCUAUUAGAUGGUGAAGAUAAAGAAGAACUAAAGGAGUUGGUAGAAUCUGCAGCAGAUUGGCUUGGCCAAUGGUUUGAUGAAAUCCGUCCAUGGUCUCCCACCUUGGUUGCUAGUGAACGAUUUGUAUGGGUGAAAAUGAUGGGAGUUCCCUUAAAAGUGUGGGGGGCAGAUUUCUUUUCCACUCUUGCAAAUCUGUGGGGAAAAUUUAUUUCCCUAGAUGAAAGUACUAGCUCAAUGAAAAGAUUUGAUGUGGCGAGAGUACUUGUCUCUACUGCACAGAUGAAUCCAAUUUCAAGAACACUAUGGGUUAAAGUCAAUGGCCAAUUAUUUUGCAUUAUGUGCAGAGAAGAAGAUGGAAGCAAUGGUCAUUUUCAUCUUAAAACUGAUCAUAAUCCAGUUCUUCAAUCUGAUUUAGAACACGAGGAAUUCGAGUAUUGGUCCACUGAUCAUUAUCCAGAAGAGGAAUUCGGAGACAAAUCUUUAGAAGAUACGGCAGGGAGCGUUAUAGUGCCAGAAAGUAAUAAUGACGAGGUGACAGGUGAAGGUGCUAUAAUGGAGAGGAAGAAAGUUGAGCUAGAUAAUAUGAAACCUUUGGGCCUGGUCAUGGGCCAAACCAAUUCGAACAGGAAUGAAAUAACAGAAGGUAAUGGAUCUAUGGCCCAAGAAAUCAUUGUGGCUAAAACCCAAACACAAAAUAAUGGCAUACACCCAAGUAUUGACUCACGAGAGUUAUCAGCGGCGAAGUCUGGUUUUCUAAGGGAGUCAGCUACUGAGGCUCUUGAUGGAGGACGAGCGGAGAGCUCUUUUUGGGAAGGUUUUGGAAGUGAUUCGGGGCCUAUUGCUGAUUGGAUGAAUAGAUAUGACAUGAUGAAAAGGAAAAAGAAGAAGCAAGGAAAUAAGAAGUCGCGUUUGUGUUUGUCGGUGUACAGAGAAUCCCCAAUUGUUGAGGCGGAUAAAAUGAAGACAAAUCAGAAGGGGAGAUCUAAUUUAAAGAAGAAGUUAGGGAAGGAGAUACCAAAAUUCAUCCCUAAUUCUAGUAAACCGGUUGCAGGGGAAUCUAUUUCAGAUAGUGCAAUUGCGAAUUGUAACAAAAGGGCUAAUGUGAAGUCGAGAACGAGAUUGGCAACGGAGAUAUGGAAAUUUGCACAAGAAGUUGGAGCAGUGGCCAUUGGGAAUGAUAAGGAAAUUAUUAAUCAGAUAGAUCAUAUGGAAACUCGAGAUAGCACAGCCAGGAGGCAACGCCUUGAGAAGGAUGCUGCUGAAGGGGGUUCUGGUAAAAGAACAGAGAUAAGAGAUUUAGUGAGGAAGGAGAAGGUGGAUUUUUUGGCUCUUCAAGAGACAAAAAGAGAAGAUAUUGAUAAGAAAGUAUGCAAAGCUCUUUGGGGGACAAAUGAUUUUGAUUUCAUUGUUAAGUCUUCCAGAGGGCAAUCGGGAGGUUUAAUUUGCAUUUGGGAUAGUAAGGUGUUAAAAAACUGCAGUGUGAUUGAAGGGGAACACUACAUUUGUGUUUUUGGUGUAUGGGGUGUAGAGGAAAUUGCAGUUAAUCUAUUGAAUGUGUAUGCACCAUGUGAAGCUACUGGUAGAAAAAUCCUGUGGAAUGAGUUGAAAAAUUUAAUGAGAAGCAAAGGGGGGUGCUGGUGCCUGAUGGGGGAUUUCAACACGACGAGGAAUCCACAUGAAAGAAAUGGUGAUAGAGACUUGACAAGUGGGAUGAGGGAUUUUGACAGUUUUAUUAGGGAGAUGGAGAUGGUGGAUCUUCCAUUGAUAGGGAGAAAAUUUACUUGGUGCAAACCUAAUGGUGCAGCAAUGAGUAGGUUGGAUCGAUUUUUAUUGUCUGAAGAUUGGAUGGUCAAUUGGUGUGAUCUGCAACAGCGGGGACUCAAACGUUCCAUUUCUGAUCACUGCCCAAUAUUGUUAAAAAAUCAGCAUAUCAAUUGGGGGCCUCUACCAUUUAAGUUCUUUGAUGAUUGGCUGCAGCACCAUGAUUGCAAAAAUUUAGUUGAAGAAACGUGGAAGAAAGCAGAUGUGCAGGGAUGGAAAGGUUUUUGCUUGAAGGAAAAGCUUAAGACAUUAAAAAAGAAACUGAAGGAAUGGAGCUCAAAGGAAUUUUCUCAGGUGGAUAAAAAGGCACAGGACUCAAAGCAGAAGAUUGCAAUCUUAGAUGAAAAGAGUGAGCACAGACAGUUGACUGAACUGGAACAAUAUGAAAGAAAGCAACAAUUUCUAGAGUUGUGGAAUAAUUUGAAGAUUAAGGAAGGCAUGAUUAGGCAGAAAGCAAGAAAGGCAUGGCUCAAAGAUGGUGAUGCUAACUCCAAGUACUUUCAUCGGUGCAUUAAGAGUAGACAAAGAAGGAAGGAAAUCAAUUGCAUUCAGAUUAAGGGUAAGCAAAUGGUUAGUGCUCAGGAAAUAAGGGAAGGGAUUGUUGAGCACUUUCAAAAUUUAUUUCAAGAAGAGAAUUGGGUGAGACCAAUACUAGAUGGUGUGGAGUUUAAGCAGAUUUCUUCCCAACAAGUAUCUAUGCUCACAGCUCCAUUCACUAAUGAAGAAAUUAAAAAAGCAAUAUGGGAUUGCGGUUGUUCAAAGUCUCCUGGACCGGAUGGGUUCAAUUUCAGAUUUUUCAGAGAAUUUUGGGAAAUUAUCAAAGAGGAUAUUGGAGGUUUUUUACAGGAGUUCCAUAAGAAUGGAAAGUUGGUCACAGGAUCUAAUGUUUCAUUCAUAACUCUUUUACCAAAAACUAGCAACCCACAAGAAAUUGAUGAAUACAGGCCUAUAUCUUUGAUUGGAGCUAUGUAUAAGAUGGUAGCUAAACUCCUAGCUAAUAGAAUUAAGUUGGUCAUGGAGGAUAUCAUUGGUGAGCAUCAAAUGGCUUUUCUCCAAGGAAGACAGCUCGGGGAUGCAGUUGUUAUGGUUAAUGAAAUUAUAGAUGAAGCAAAGGGAAAGAAGAAAAAUAGUUUCAUAUUGAAGGUUGAUUUUGAAAAGGCUUAUGACAUGUUUGCUGAUGAUACUAUUAUGUUUGGAGAGGCCACAAGAAGUAAUGUCUGGGCAGCAAAAUGUAUACUGAGAACUUUUGAAGUAGUGUCUGGGUUGAAAAUAAACUAUGGCAAGAGUCAAAUGGUAGGAAUUAAUGUUGAUGAGGAUUGGAAGCUUCAGAUGUCAUGCCUACUUAAUUGCAAAGUUGGCGAAUUGCCCUUCAAGUACUUGGGAAUGCCAGUCGGAGGAAACCAUAGAAGAUUAUCAGUCUGGCAACCAUUGGUGGAUUCCAUAAAAAGGAAGCUUUCUGGAUGGAAAGGUCAGUGGUUAUCCUUUGGUGGUAGAAUAACACUCUUGAAUUCAGUACUCAUGUCAAUGCCAGUGUUUUUGCUUUCUGUCUACCUUGCACCGAAAACUAUUGUGAGAACUAUUGACAAAAUCAGGAGGGAUUUUCUUUGGGGAGGGUGUGAGGAAAAUAAGAAAGUGCAUUGGGUUAGUUGGGAUACGGUUUGUAGGAGUAAAAAAGAAGGUGGCUUAGGAGUUAAGGAUUUUCGGUCCUUUAAUCUUUCCUUAUUAGGCAAGUGGUGGGGGAAAAUGGCAAAAGGAGUAGAAGGACUAUGGGGUAGACUAAUAAAGGAGAAGUAUGGUGUGGGACAUGAUAAUUGGAAGACAUGGGUAAGGGAAGGAAGAGGGGUAGGAUCCAGUUGGUGGAAAGAUAUAUGUAGGAUAGAUGUGCUGGUGGAGAAUAAAACGGGAUGGCUCUCUGAGGGGUUUGAGGUGCUGGUGGGUGAUGGAGGAGAGUUAAGCUUCUGGAGGGACUUAUGGUGUGGGGAGGAAGUCUUAGCUAACAAAUUCCCAAGACUUUAUUUGCUUUCUACUGGUACAAAUAAUAAGAUAAGGCAAAUGGGAGCCUGGAUUGAUGGUAAAUGGUGCUGGAUGUUACCAUGGAGGCGUAAUCUACUAUCCUGGGAGUUACAAUCAAAGGAGGAAUUGGAGAAACUGCUAGAUUCAGUCAAGCUCCAUGAAGACAGGAAGGACAAAUGGUUAUGGAAGCAUGGCAAGGAUGGGCUUGGAAUCAAAGUUUCCUCCGCCAUCCACACCGGUUCCCUGGGAGAAUCAUACCCUCCAUCCAAGGGCAGUUUCAAUCCUGAAUUUAAACCAAUUCUCGACCCAUUGAUCCAGUUUUUAGUGAACAACAAUUCUCCUUUGCUUGUUAACGUCUACCUUUACUUCAGCUACACUCAAAACAUGGAUCAAAUCAGCCUUGACUACGCUCUCUUCACGGCCCCAGGACCGUCGGGUGGCGGUUCUGUUGAGAUUGUUGUGUCCGAGACAGGGUGGCCGUCGGAUGGGGGAACGGCAACGACCAUGGACAAUGCUGGGACUUAUAUUACUAAUGUGAUUCAGCAUGUUAAAGUUGGGACUCCGAAGCGGCCGGGUAAGCCUAUUGAGACUUACAUUUUUGCCAUGUUUAAUGAGAAUCAAAAGACUCCAGAAUACGAGAAAUAUUGGGGGCUCUUUUAUCCAAACAAGGAGCCUAAAUUCCAAAUCAACUUCGAAUGAGAGUUGCAGGAAGCUGGAUGAAGUAGAAAGAUAUAGAUAUAUGGGCAUUUCAAUUUAGUAAUUGGUUCAGUUUUUGUUGUAUGAAUAAAUCAAAGGCAAAAGC